AUGAAGAUCUUUGCUUUCUUGCUGAUCUUAGUUUUAGUUUCUGCUACAAAUCAUCAACACCGACUUAAUUACACUAAACAGAGAUCGAUCACAGCUGUGAUGGCUGAGGUGGAAUUGAAGAUAAAAUCCCAUGCUCCAUUGGAUGCUGUCUUGAAUAUACUCACAUUAUUCAGAGAUUCCGUUAAUGAGGAAUAAGUCAAUCACGACCAAAUUUUUGUUGUAGAAUUAAAUGAAUGUUAAGGCGAAUACGAUUUUAGAAAUGCUGAAAUUCAAAACGCUAGAAGUACUCUAAGAGACUCCAAUGCUCAAUUAAACAUUUGUCAAUAUUCAAAAUAAAGAACGAUUGAAUAACAAUAGGUCAAUUAGUAACAAGAGAACACUUUCCAGUAGCAUUUGAAUACAAUCUUGAAAACAGCAGAUUCAGAGUCAGCCUAUUUCAAGAAGAGAAGUCGAUAGUAUGAAGAUUCAUUAAAUUCCAUAGAAGAAGCAUUGACAAUAUUGUAAGGAAUCUCAUUUGGGUAUAGAAGUUUUUCAGAAUUAAGUAAGGUGAGUCAGCGUAUGCUAUAAACAUCGUUUGAUAUCAAAAAAACUCCAAUUUAUGCUCCCAUUUUUAAUGCUUUCAUUUAAUUGGCAAAUCAAGGAGAAUCAGUUGAUUUGAGUUCACUUCAAUAGGUUGAACAUUUGCUUAAGGAUUUGAAAUCAGCAAUAAAAGAUGCAUAUAAUUAAUUCACAGAAUCAAAUGCUCAAAGUGUAGCUUAGUUCAACUCAUCAAAAGAGAAGGUCAGCAAGGUGUUAUCAAGAUUACAAUAAUAAUACGAAAGAUAAUAAGUAAAAUUAGAUAAAUUGUCUGCUUGCAUCGGAGUUCAAUCAGCAGUUUCGAAUUCCGCAUCAUCAAAAUAACAAAGAAAUUAACAAUUAUUGGAAUAAGCUGAAGCUUUGUGCUCAACCUUUUAGACUGAGUACAAUUAUGGUACUCAAUCAAGAAGGAAUGAAAUCUAAUUGGUGAAUCAACUUGAAGACAUGGUCAGAUAGAGAUUCGAAUAAGUGCAUGAGGCUAAGCCAGUGUUGUACUAUGCCAAAUUGAAAUAUUGA